GCCGCUGCUCACAACCAAGAUUAUAGUAUAUAGUGCCAUGGGAGAUGAUGGUGCUGCUGUUGGCUUUGGUACGGAGCCACAACCCCAGGGACGGGGUACCAAAGUGUGCGGUACACUUCUCCUCCGUUCAGCGGGAAAUCGAAAGAUUUCAACGAAUGGCUAAAUGAUUUCCGCAUGGCAGCUAAUGGCGCAAACCUGUUGGAACAAUUUGAAGAGAGCGGGAGCUUGGAGAUCCCCGUCAACAGCGGAAAGACCAAGUUUUCGCUGUCACAGCAGUACCGGAGCGAGCAAGUAGAGCUCGCAUUCCACGCGUGGAACUUCCUGUCUCACGCGUUGAAAGAAAAAGAUCGGAAAAUCAUGAAGAGGGCAGAGACGCCCCAGGGAGCCCUUCGCGAGCUCAAGACCAUACACGACCCUGAAUCAUCUGUACAGCCGUCAGAGGACCUCAAGUCCCUGACGUCGACCAAGAUCUCUAGAGGUGAAAACCCCCAAAACGCCCUAAAUGAGAUGCUCCAAACCGCAAAGUCCUUAACCGAGAAAGGACUAACUGUCAACGAAACGUUCGUCCUUCACCUCUUCCUGGAUGCCCUUUCGGACGAGUAUGCCAUGACAAAGCACAACCUGCGACACGCGAAGAAGUUGACGCGGACCGGCGUGCUAAAGGAAGUAAUAAUUGAAUACAAGGCGAUCAAGGACAAGCCGGAGCAGGGAAAAGGAAAAGGGGCGAAGGGCUCAGAGCAAGCGUACUUCGCCGACGGUGAGGGCCGCAAGGAGCGGUACUCAAGUAGGAGUCAGGGGCAAGGUCGUGGUCGUGGCGGCGGCCGUGGCCGCAGCAGCAGUCGUGGCCGCGGCGGAGGCGGCGGAUCCGGAGGAGUCGAGGAGAGCAAGGGAAGCAGCAGUGAAGGCGCCGAUGGCGGCGGUGGCGGGGACUACAAGUUCCUGGGCCGGUGCUUUAGGUGUGGACAUCGUGGACAUCAAGCGAUCGGCUGCACUACCAACGAGAAGGACUUCGUGCCGUGGUGUGCGCGCUGCGAGGGGUGGGGCCACACCAAAGAAAAGUGCGCGACGGAGGAGGCCGUCCUAGCGCAAGUGGUGGAGCAUGAGAGCGACGUGGACUCCGUGGAAGACCAGGCGUUUUGUGCCGCGGCAGUCCCCCCAGGCGAGUGUGGUACCGUUGGUGAAGUAGGUCUAGUGGGGGUUGUGCAACAAGGCCAGGUGGUGUACGUGGCCGACACAGCGGCCACGUGCUCCAUGUUCCGAUGUGCAGACAACUUUGUGAACUACCGUGAGCGUAGCGGCUGGGUGAAGGGGAUCGGAGGCGACAAGGCCCCCGUUCCUCUUCUAGGAUACGGAAAUGUGACCUUAGUCCUACAGACGGAAGAUGGUGGAGUACCCGUACCAGUACUGAAUGCUGCCCAUGUACCAGAGGCCCCCUACAACCUCCUCUCGCUGUCUUCGUUGGCGGAGGAGGGCCACACGUAUUCGGGGAUGAAGGGGGGCCUCACGCUGACCACGAAAGCCGGGGGGGAGGUGUGGUUCCCCCGGACUGGAAAGCUGCUGACCCAACGAGGCGAUCAAAUAUAGCCAACGCUACACACCGCCUGUGCCGCACUUCUUGUUUCUGGCGAUGCGAAAGCAGCC